ACGCAUUGCAUCAACCUGUGCGUCAGUCUGUAAGUGGCAAGUAGCUAGCCAACAGCAACAACAACGAAGCGAUUGCGGACUACACACACACAGUGAUAAUCAGAAUGGAGAGGCAUCAUGAGGGGGGCUGCGAAGAGCUGGAAAGCUUUUUGCGAUUGCUCGGAAAAGAGAUCAAGGACUUGGACGAUGCUGAUGAAGAGACAUAUGAUCUCUACGCCCAAGACCUGCCUUCAUCAGAUCUGGGGAUCAUCGACCCCAAGACCACCAAGUUACAACUCACCGUGGCCGGUCGAGAGCUCACAAUCCAUCAAUCACCGGGAAUCCUUUCCUCGGCCCGUGCCGGAGGAACCACCGGAGCCGUAACAUGGCGAAUAACCCCGCUCUUCGCAACCUGGAUCUCCUCCGCCUCGAACCCUCUCUCCACGCACCUCAACCUCUUCAACCACCAUAAUAACAGCCCCUCAUCAUCGUCUUUUUCUCCGACGACAACAUCGACAACAACAGUAAUCGAACUAGGCGCCGGCACCUCCGCCAUCGUCGGCCUUUUACUUGCCCCCCGCGUUGGUAGGUACGUCCUCACCGACCAGGCGUACGUCUCCAAGCUGGUGGAGCGCAACAUCCACGAGAACUGGUCGUCCGUAGUGCAGCAGCAGGCGCCUUUCGUUGGGAGUGGUGGUGGUGGUCAGGGAGGGAAGGGCAAGAAAGGAGGAGGAGGAGGAGGAGGAGGAAAGGGGUCGAAGAAAGCAUCAACCUCAUCAACAACAGGAGAGGAGGGACCCGGAGAGAGAUUGGUUUUCAGGGCACUAGACUGGGAGCAGGACACGCCCACCUCCUCACUUGCUCAGCCGGUUGCUGCGAGUUUCGAUCUGGUGGUUGCUUGCGAUUGCAUCUACAACGAGGCGCUGGUCGAUCCCUUUGUAACUACCUGCGUGGAUAUUUGCAAGCUACGCGGUAGCAGCAGCACCAGCGAUAACGGAGGGAGGCCGACGGUGGUGGUGGUGGCUCAAGUACUCCGGACCUCGGACGUCUUCGAAGCGUGGAUAAAGCGAUUCGUACAGGAUUUUCGGUGCUGGAGGGUGCCCGAUGACCUGAUGAUUGAUGGGCUGAAGAGUGAGGGCGGAGGUGGGGGAACAUCGGGGUUUGUGGUGCAUGUUGGUGUUUUGAGGGAGGGGAAUUGAAUCAUCAGUGAAAAGCCGAGGGCUGAAUUCAACGUUAGAGGUGGGCGAUACUAG